CUCAGAAGCCAUUUUGGACUCAGUUCAGUUUCUUGCAUGUCAAUUUCAGACCACUCUCUGGCCAUUCAGUGUUUAAGAGUGAAAAAGGUUAACGGGCACGACCGGCAAGGAGGGAAAAACGGGCAAUGUUGUAGGCGCUCAUUUUUGUUGUACCGAUUCAAAAUUCUGGAAUUGAUUCUAUCCCAAUGGAUUUUUUUAUAUUUUAAAGUUUUUUUUCCACCCGUGCAAUUUCGUUGCAUUGGGGGGCUAUACACACAAAAGCAACGCAAACUCUCGGUGCGGUGGACAUCGGAGGCCGUGGGUCACUUUGGCUCGUUGUGGUGUGCCGUUCAUCUUCUUAAAUGUACGAAAAGGAAAAGCGAUUGAAAAGGAGAAAAUCUGGUGUUUCUCUGUAAUUAAAGGAAUAUGGUUGCAUCCUGGCUGAGUUUUGCACUUCUUUGGGGAACUUUUUAUGCAGGACCAAGCCAUGGAGAGGUGGAAACCAGGGAGUGUUUGUACUACAAUGUCAACUGGGAGAGUGAAAAGACCAAUCAGAGCGGAGUGGAGCGCUGUGAAGCUGAGAAGGACAAGAGGCUACAUUGCUACGCAUCCUGGCUCAAAAACUCAACCACGGGUAUCAUCAAACUAGUGAAGAAGGGCUGCUGGUUGGACGACUUCAACUGCUACGACAGACAGGAGUGUGUGGCUACUGAGGAGAAUCCCCAGGUCUUUUUCUGCUGCUGCGAGGGCAAUUUCUGCAAUGAGAGGUUCACCCACCUGCCUGUCGUCACCAGACCUGCGGUGGUUCGCACCCCCUUGCUCAACAUCCUAGUCUAUACACUGCUUCCCAUCAUUGUACUGUCCAUGGCAUUGCUGCUGGCAUUCUGGAUGUACCGACAUCGCAAACCUCCUUAUGGCCACGUGGACAUCAAUGAGGACCCUGGCCCAUCCCCUCCAUCCCCUCUGGCUGGCCUUAAACCGCUGCAGUUACUGGAAAUCAAAGCUAGGGGGCGUUUUGGCUGCGUCUGGAAGGCACAGCUGAUGAAUGAAUAUGUAGCUGUGAAGAUUUUCCCCAUUCAGGACAAGCAGUCAUGGCAGAACGAGAGAGACAUCUUCACCACGCCUGGGAUGAAGCACGAAAACCUGCUGCGAUACAUCGCAGCGGAGAAACGAGGAACCAGCCUGGAGACGGAGCUGUGGCUGAUUACUGAGUUUCAUGAGAAGGGGUCCCUGACAGAUUAUCUGAAGGGCAACGCAGUCAGCUGGAACGAGUUGUGUCACAUUGCGGAGACCAUGGCCUGCGGCCUGUCCUACCUGCAUGAGGACGUUCCCCGUUACAAAGGAGAGGGACCCAAACCGGCCAUUGCACACAGGGACUUCAAGAGUAAGAACGUGAUGGUCAAGGCCGACCUGACAGCCGUGAUCGGAGACUUCGGGCUGGCGGUGCUGUUUGAGCCGGGGAAGCCCCCAGGGGACACUCACGGCCAGGUGGGGACAAGGAGGUACAUGGCGCCGGAGGUGCUGGAAGGGGCCAUCACCUUUCAGCGAGACGCCUUCCUGAGGAUAGACAUGUAUGCCAUGGGCCUGGUGCUCUGGGAGCUGGUGUCGCGCUGCAAAGCUGCGGACGGUCCUGUUGAUGAAUAUAUGUUGCCGUUUGAGGAGGAGAUUGGGCAGCAUCCAUCCCUGGAGGAUUUACAGGAUUGUGUCGUCCACAAAAAGAUGAGGCCAGCUUUCAAGGACUGCUGGGCAAAACAUGCUGGCCUGGAGCAGAUGUGUGAGACGAUAGAGGAGUGCUGGGACCACGACGCGGAGGCUCGUCUGUCCGCCGGGUGCGUGGAGGAACGCAUCUCCCAGAUCCGCAGGCUAACUAGCGGCACUACCUCGGACUGCCUGGUCUCCAUAGUGACGUCGGUCACCAAUGUGGACGUGCCACCCAAAGAGUCCAGUAUCUGAGUCUGUCGUGAAACGAAAGCGGAAAACGAAAACAAGCAAACAAAAUGAAAAGCUUCGUCUUUCUAGACUCAGCAGAUCUCAGAAAAAAAAAAAACAUGAAUGCAGCUGCUAUUUUAUCCUGAUAUUUUUUAUUAAUUAUUUUUCUUUUUGGUCAGAUCAAUAUUACCAGCACACUUCUCUACUGUAUUUUUUCCAAGAGUGAAAAAAUAAGCUAAAUGUACAUCUCUAAUGCAUUCAGGUGCCGACUUAUGAAUGCUGACAAAGGUGCAGGUACCUCAACUCUUUAAUUUCAGUCAUUUUGAUUUUAUUGUUCUACUUUUAUUUUGUCUUUUGAACAGGCCUGCCUGUGACAAAAAACCAAGCAACCAUCUACUAUCUUGUACUAUAUAACAAUGCUGCAAAACCUUGAAGGAACAUCAAGACUGUUACACAAUUUACUUUCCUCAAGGGAAUAUUGUUUUCUUCUAUUUUUUUUUUGAAAGCGAGUGCUUAACAAAAUGAUAAACGUGUCUUUUACGGAACUAACGGGUGUCUCUAGAACACGUCAAAAAAUGGAAGGCAACAGGACUAAUUUCUUCAGUUUUUGUUCUAUAGGACUGGUAUUUUUUGAAGGUUGGUUUACCAGUUUUACGGAGACGGUGAAAGACAGCUUAAAAAAGAAAUGGCUUGCAUUUUGAGAUUGGACAGUACUUUUAGUUUGGUACGGAACUUCUUCUCAGGUAACCGGUAUAAAGGGGCAGAGCUUUUGAGGUAAGGUGUUGUCAGCAUUGACUGGUCAUUGUAAGAAGAGAGCCAGGACCUGCACUUGUGUAGGGCAGAGUGGAUAGCAAGGGGUGGGCGGGGCUUAUCCUAUGACAUUCAUAGCCACUUAAGGCAGUGGAGCCAAGGUUAAUAUGUAGUCUACUCUGGAAGGUGCCCAAACAAUAAACAUUUUAAGACAACAACAACAACAACAACAUUAGGUGGAAGACCAAGGUGAAGGAAUAUAUAUGUGUGUACUGUUGUAUAUAUGUGUGUGUGAAUUUGUGUGUUUGGUUAAGACCAUGAAGUAUGUCUGUAUCAGUGGGCUUAAACAGCUGUCUAAAUGAUGUCCAACUUCUUUUUUUAUUUAAUCAAUGUGCAUUUUCAAAUUACAGAAGCUAUGGACCUAGACACAUUCUUAUAGCAGACAAGCCUCGGUCCUCAAUCACAGCAGUGAACUGGAGAAUGGAAAGAACAGUCCAUUCACCUUCGUCAGGUCCCUUCAAUUAUACCUCUACUCACAGGGACCAAAUAUGGGUGUAUACCUGGUAGUUCUGGCUUUGUUGUGAUGUUUUCACAAUCUGGAAAGUCAGUAGAUAAACUGACAACUUUCAUAUUUUUGACUGGAUACUCUGUCUCAAUAUACAAAUAAGGACCGAUUUUGUCUUAGUGACACAGGUUUAAAAAAAAAAAAAAAAAAAAAACUAAUCUCAGUAUGCCAUAAUCUUUCAGUGAAUGUCUAUAAUGCUGCUGUUUCAACUCAAAGGUGAAUAUAUGUUUCUACAUAUAUAUUCUUUUUACAUGUAAAACAUGCAACUCAGUAGAUUUAAGCAUACAAAUACAAACACAUGCAGAGAAUCCAGGCUUCCGAGGUCAGAAUCAAACAAAAAAUAAAAUCACUUAAAAAAUUUUUUAAAAACACACACAGAAUACAGCAUUUAAAAAAUAUAUAUAUAUAGUUCAUGACCACAAACCACCUCAAACCAGAAAUACCUCAGAUUUUCUAUGUGCAUUAGUUCUGUUAUAUAUUUUGUUAGUUGUGUUGUCUUGUACUAGGUAUAUUUUAAUGUAAAUUUGCUUUCAUAACUAAGAAGUUGUGGGGGGGAAAAGAAUGAGUCCAAAAUCUUUUAGGAAGUGCUGUAAUGUUAUGUUGUAUAAAAGAAAUAAUGUAAAUAACUACACAGUUGUAGAAUUCUGCCUGUAUGUGGUACCUGGGCAUUAUUCAUUGUUUGUACCAUCUGUUUAUUCAUCAAUUCUUUUAAUGUCUGUUACGUAAAAGGGACAGUGAGUCUUUUUUUCCCUUGGUGUGAAACCUUUUCUGUCAAUACCUAAAAUGCAUUCACAGCUGGAACCUAUGUUCAGGUUGUCUCAGAUGUAGUAUUUUAAACAAUUGUGCACAUCACAAUGUGACACUCUGCCUUUACCAUUGGUGUGAAGUAUUUUUAAAUGAUUUAUGUUGUCAUUUUUCCUAAAGCCUGUAAAAGGAAAAUAACUAUUCAACGUAAGACAAGAAUGAACUGAAUUUGCCAAGUGGAAAAGCUGACAAAUUUCUACAUGUCUCACUAUUUAAAGCUUUCUCUAAAAUUAAGUAUUGCAGAAUUAGAGGUAUUUAUACUUUAACCUUUAAGACAUAAACAUUAUAUUUAUAUGAAUGGUGAUUGUUCACCGCUGAUUGAUUUAUAGUUUGAGAAAAAGAUUUAAUGUCCCUGAUAUCCAUACUCUUUCAUCUGUUCUCUCUGCACAUUGACUAAAGGAGAUAUCACAGCAGUUGCUUCCACCCUCCCCAAACAUGACUCCCUCCAGAGAGCUUUAAGUUAUUUUUUUUGGUGCCAUAUAUUAUCUUUGGAGUUCAUAUUUUUCUCUUUGCAGUGUGCGUAAUUGGAACCAUAUGAACUGAAGUAUGGGCCUGAUCACUGAAACCCCUUGGUAUAGGUGGUGCACAGUAGGACUCCAGACUAUUUGUUUUUGUCAUCAUGGAUCAAGUGUCUUGCAUUCUGCGAUAAUAUCCCAAAGAAGUUGAGACCAGAUCAAUUACGGUCUAGUUAUAUCUAUGGUAUUUGUUUAGUAGUAGAACCAAGGCUGAUUUGGUGGGAUGACGACUGCUGGGAGAGAUGAUCUGAAGAUCUUUCUCAUGUCUUCUCAACUGUUUAUCGGUUUCUAGACAGAAAAAAAAUCUAACUCGUAAUAAUGCAUUUGGCUUCCUAUUCACAGUAAAGGCAGAUACAUUUUUUGAAUGAUGUAUUUUUGUCCCAUUAACUGUCUAAUUAUCGUUCCAUGAUCCUGCAGCUAAGAACUCUCUUGUAAAAUAGGUAGCUUUUAUCAAGUGGAAUUGAUGUGACCAUCAAGUCUAUUGGCCAUCUGCACAUUUUUUAGUCAUCUUCAGGAAAUUCAACAAAUCUUGGAACCACUUAACAUGUGAGGGCACAACACAGCGGCAGGAGAAACAAUGUAGCAAGCAAUAUAAACAGCAAUAUACAUUUCUUUCAGGUGUAACAUACUCUUAAGUGGCCCUAGAUCUAUCUACCAAAUCAUUUUAUUCAACACAGAUCGGAUGUGCUGUGUUGUGCCAUAUGUAAGGCUAGUGGUUAGCAGUUUGGCAAGGAUUGUAGGGAAAUGGGCAUUUAAACAGAUACAAUAUUUGUAGUUUGGUGCAUUGCCCUUGAGAUGACCUAACCUUAAUUACUUCAAUAAAUAUCAGCUGUAUUCAUGGAUAUCCACAAACUCAAUGUUAUCCCAGAUAAAGGCAUUUGUCGUAAUUUUUAGGCAAAUGAGUACAAAUAUAUUACCGUGCUUCAUAGGCCAGUUGACUUGCCCAGCUUCUAGAAAGCAAUCACUAAUCAUUUUUUGUAUAUAUGUAAAAUAAAGCAUUGUAUUGACUAAUGCAACUGAACAUAACAAAUAGCACAGUUGGAACUGUGCAAAAACUGAUUAGUGAUUAGUGAAACUACAGAUAUACAGUAGCCCAGGUUUGUGUAUUUCAAGAUGGCCAGUUAAUGUGUUGAAAGCAGGUAACCAAAGUGUUGUUUUUCCCCUUAUAUUAAGAUAUAGGGUUGGACAUGCUCAUGCUUUUGCCAGGGUUUGGUUGGUUUUGUUUCAAGGCUUUAAAUGAAAACAGUUCGUAAGGGAAAUGUAGACAAUCCAUACUUUGCCAAAUUAGGUCAUUUUCUAAGUAGCUGGUUUACUCAAAAAGGUGGAACAAAUAAAUGUGUUCUUGUACCUGUUGAAAGUAGGCCCCUCCUAGACAGGUCUCCAGGCCUCCAGUACAGUCACACACUUCUCAGUGUUUAGUUUUGUUUACUGGAGAAAACAGUGAAUUAGUUUUACUUUUUUAAGUAGGGUGUCUGAUCUGAAGGGAGUGCAAUGUGCAAAGUAUUGAAUUUGGGAAUAUAGAGGCCUUAAUUGGCUUUCUGUGAAUACUCCUCAAUUGACUGAUUUUGGAAUAGGUAGUAUGUUUUAAGAAUGUAUAUUACUACUGCACAUGUCCCCUCAUUUGAGUGUUUAAUAGUAGUAGGUGCACACUACAGAUAUGUAGUGCUAAUAUGCAAUGGAUGCUAAGCUGAAUAAUAAUAAUUCUGUCUUUUUUUGGCUGGGAGGUUAUUUUUCUUUUUUGCUUUAUUUGAAGUUCUUAUUUUUUAAAUUCAGCUGCCAUAUUAAAGAAAUGGUUAUGAGUUGGGCCUAUAUAUGAUUUAAAGGUUUGAUGACAUAACCUACAUAAUUUUUGCAAAAUGCCUGAACAAACAUUAAAAGAUAAACAAUAUCAUAUAUUUAUCUUUCAAUAGGACAUAACAUGCAGCUUGGUGAUUCAUGAUGACAAACACUGAGUUCUGGAGGGUGAUGUGUAAACAAAACCAAUGCUCUGUCAAAAAAGGAAAUAGUACGGUCCUUUAAUUGAAAUUGAGAGGUGUUUGGAUGCUGUGCCUUUAUUUCCCCUUGUCAUAUUGAAGCAACUGCUCUGAUUCUUUUUUGUUUAUGUUGCAGUACUUAUCGAAAUGCUUAUAUGUUAAAAUAUACAUAUACUAAAAAAAACAAAAAGUGACCAGCUGUAAUUCUGGAUGCAGUCAAGAUCCAGGUAUUUCAGGAACCAAUUACCUCAGACCUCACGUGAAACAGUGUUGCUAGCUGGAUACUCCUUGACACUACAAAAUGAUGUACAUUUUAAACACCCAAACAAACAAACCUCUUUAUGCUGGUGUAACAUGUAUGAAUGCACCCGUUGACAAUGUGAAAACCUCUCCCUUCUCAUGACUCUCCCCUCUCAUUUCAAGCAACAGAAUGGUACUGUGUGGCAGAUAUUCAAGUGCUUCCUUUGUUUCUUUUACGUUUUUUUAAAUGCGGUUUACAUGGAAACAUGUCAUGCUGUUUUUGUGAACUAUUAAUUAUUUGACAUCUGCUGGAUUUUUUUCCCUGCAAAUCUGCUAAGCUGUGAGGAAAGCUUCAUAAUAAGGAUGCAACAAAAUGGGAAUACAAUGAAAUGGUGACAUAAAAUUGUCUUCUGGAAGAGAAUCGUCAGUGCUUGCAAAGCAGCAGUUAUAGUAAACAAUAGUCAGUUAUGUUUCAUUGCAAUUCGUUGAGAAUUGAUAAGUUUGAAUCCUCACAUUUUCAUAAUGCAGACCAAAAGUCAGCUUGAUGUGCGCACACCCACUUCUAAAAAUGAAUCUUCACACAUUAAUAUUGACAACUAUUGCAAUUCUCCCUCAAUGUAACUUCAUUUUCAAUGCUGUGUCCAUUUCUGCUAACAUAUUCAAACAUAUUCCUUUCAUCUUGAUUUGAAGUGCAUUGGUAUACAUUAUAAUAAUUUCUGUAAUUAUUUAUACUACAUUACUGUUGUUAUUAGCAAUAGCAUUGCCUUAUAGCUUGUGGGCCAGUAAUUAACUUUAAAAUUGUUGCUGUAAAUAUAAAAUGGUGUUCAUUUACCAGCUUGGGCUUGCUGAACUUGAAUUUAGGGUGACCUCAUGUUUUCCCAAAAGAUCAGUGUUCAUGUUAAGUGUCAAACUUUAGUGAGAUAGCAUUCAUUGCCAGAACUCAUGCUCACCCUUGCUUCUGCAGUAUUAAUCCCCAUCCUUCGGAGUAGUAGUAUUGACACUACGUGCCACUAUCUAAAAUAAAGCCUCCUCCUCCUUUUGAGGAAUGUAAUUAUUAGAUUCCUACUUGUUCUUAACCUGCUCUACCCAAAAUUAUGCCACUGUUCCAUACAGUACCAUUUUGUUGCUUUUCAGUGAUGGAAAACUUCAGUCCCACGUGGCUACUGCUAAAAAAAGGCAUUUUGUUUUGAUUGGGGGGAUCACUCUUUUAAGCACAGACUACUUUAUUUCAUUCAACAAUGAGAUGGUGGGAGUGAGAGAAGGGAUUUAAAAAAUGGUUUUCUUUAUUUUUUGUCAAGAAGUCAUGUUUAAGUCCUGUUUCUAUAGCAGGACAUGUGAAAUGUAAAUGGUGUAGGUUAUGUUUCACUAUUGUAGCUAAAAUGUAGAACAGAGAUGGCUUGUACUACUGAUUUUAACAUAAAUAUACUAAAAAAAGAAAAAAAAAGGAUCCUGUAAAAGACAAAAUGUAUAAAGAGAGUUGAGCUUGUUGCUGUAACCCUUUUUGGAUUGAAGAGUAUGUUGAAAAGUUUUAUAUCUAUGAAAUGCCCUUGAAAUCCAACAUUCAUCGUAUUGUCGUAAUUAAUUAAGGACAUUUUUGAAAGAUCAUUGUAACAUAGUUCAUUAACUUGCAGUGGAUUAUUGUUCAUUUUUACUGUGGUAAUUUUAGAACUGAGUAUCAAGAGUUUGAAUUAGAUUUGCCUAGUUGUUGGGGUGUUUGUUUCAACUCUGCACUUGGUGCCAGAAUAAACCAGUAUGAAUGUAGUAUUUGCCCAGUGUGAAACAAAUACACCCAAGCUGUUAGGGGAAAAAAUUGAAAUGAUUAUUUCAACUUUAUCUUUUUGUAUAUGAAAAGAAACAAUAAAAUACUGAUAAACUCUUCAAA